AUGUCUAACCGGGCAGAUAUCACAUACUUUGGAGCCGGACCAGCUCUUCUACCAACCAGUGUCCUAGAGAAUGCUGCAGAAGCUCUAGUCAACUUCAAUAGCACAGGCUUAGGCCUUGCAGAGCACUCCCACCGCUCGGAAAUCGCCACCAAGAUCCUCAACGACGCCAAAGCCGACCUCGCAACUUUCCUCGAUAUCCCCGAUGAUUAUGAGAUCCUGUUCAUGCAAGGAGGUGGCAGUGGAGAGUUCUCAGCUACUGUCUACAACCUUGUUGGUGUCUGGGUUGAGAGGCGGAAGAAGAAUAUUUUAAAGGAUUUGGGAAUCAAGGAAGGGCAGAACAUACCUGAGGAUGUCAUACUGAAGGAGCUGGAGAAAGCUGUGCAGGAGGAGCUCAGAAUUGACUAUCUUGUGACUGGAUCCUGGUCACUGAAGGCUAGUCAAGAAGCUGCGAGAUUGAUGGGCGCUGAGUAUGUCAAUGUGGUGGCAGAUGCGAGGCAAGUCAACGGUGGGAAGUUUGGGAAGAUACCCGAGGAGUCGACCUGGAAACUGUCCAAGAACCCUGCCAUGGUUUACUACUGCGACAAUGAGACUGUCGAUGGCGUGGAAUUUCCAAGCUUCCCUGAGGUUCUGAAGCCAGAUGCAAAUGGAGAAGGACCGCUUGUGGUGGCGGAUAUGUCCUCGAAUAUUUUGUCACGGCGGAUACCGAUCAAAAAUUUCUCGGUCAUCUUCUUUGGUGCUCAAAAGAACCUUGGAAGCACUGGGAUUACCGUUGUCGUUAUCAAGAAGAAUCUCCUUCCGCCGGCUGUGGCUACACCACCCCCGACCCUGCUGCGGAAGCUUGGCCUUCCCAUUGGACCGAUUGUGUUGUCUUACGAGACUAUCGCGAAGAACAACAGCUUGUAUAACACAUUGAGCAUAUUCGAUGUCUACAUUGCUGGCCAGGUCCUCAGGAACUCUCUUGCGAAAUUCCCGGGGAAAGUUGACGACCAAGAGAAGAUCGCAAAUGAGAAAGCCAAGUUGAUCUACGGCGCAUUAGAGAGAUUCCCUGAAUCAUACAAGAUUGUGCCAGACAAAACUGCGCGCUCAAGAAUGAACAUCUGCUUCAGAGUGACACACCUCGCAAGCGGCAUUGACGACUCCGAGAAGUCCUUUCUCAAAGGCGCCACGGAACAAGGCCUCACAGGUCUGAAGGGCCACCGAAGCGUAGGUGGCAUCCGUGCCAGCAAUUACAACUCGAUAUCCCUCGAGGGCGCGGAGAAGCUGACUGCGUAUAUCGAGAGCUUUGCAAAGGGACCGAGAUGA